GCACGACUGAAUAAUGGCGUUGCACACGUUUUCAACGUGACCUUUCAACAUUCUUUUCGAUGAGCACGGAUGUAAAAUUGAAUUCAGACUGACACAAAUGUAAGACAUUCAAUGGAAUACUACCACGAUUAUAUGAUCCAUUCUGUCCUUGUUGAGAGUGGACCUUAAUUGCAGUUUGUAUGAUUUUUUCUCUUCUCGUGAUUAUGGAACAUAAACACAGUCGCUUUCUAUCUUGUCUGCACGUCGAACGGUAUUUCCUCCUCUCCGGAUGGACACUUCUGGAACUUUAAAUAUAACGACGUGAGUGUCAACAUCUUGACUCCAUUUGCAUGUAUCAUCAAACCAUUGAAAUGAUGAGGUUUCUCACCCCACCGCUUUUGAACGAGCUGCGUCGGCGUAUCCCGCUGGUAUCCACUGUCGCAAAUAAACAGCUACCACUCACCUGCCUUCUCCCACCCCACCACUCUGCACCCCUAAACCGGCCUCUCUAUACUGGGGCCACACUAAGAAAAGAUGUACCCCUCCCUCAGACUAAAGAAGAUCAGACUGAAGAGAAACUGGACCUGGACAUAUGGAAAUCUGUGAUGAGGUUUCAGGUCCCAGCGAUGGAGGAGGAGAAACAGGGAGGUGAGGAGGGAGGUGGUGGUGCUGCUCCUUCAGGACCAGGAGGAGGUGUAGCAGGGCAGGAGGAGGUCUCCCCACUGGAGGCCACCAGAGAGCUGGUAGUGAUGUGGCGUCAGGCUGGGAAGCUGGUGCCAGAGAUCAUGACUGACGAGGAGCUGGGGAUCCUGGCUGAGUUCCAAACCAAGUCCUCCAAGAAGAAGUACCUGAAAUACCUGGCCAUCAAGGAGGGCCACAAGAACAACCACAAGCAGAAACAGGAGAAGAAGAAGGCAGAGAGGAGUGAGAGGUUUCUGGAGGACGAUAGGAUCAGGCCUGGCGGUGUGAGAGGAGAGGAGGGGGAACUGAGGAACACUUUCCUUCUCCAGUUCUGGGGUCGUUCCCUGGACAAGCUGCUGGGGUGGAGGUCGGCCCAGGCCGUGGUGUUCGGCCAGCCGCUGGUGUUCGAUAUGUCCUACGAACAGCAGAUGACGCGUCGCGAGGUGGAGAACACUGUGUCCCAGCUGAUGGAGGUGGAGGGGUGGAACCGCCGAGCCCCGGACCCCUUCCACCUACACUUCUGUAACUUGCAGCCGGACGGGGGUUACCACAGGGAGCUGGUUAAACGCUACGGCGCCGAGGCCUGGGAGCGCCUCCUCAUCACCUCCACAGAGCAACGUCACGUGGACCUGUUCCCCCGGGACGACCUGGUCUACCUGACGGCUGACUCCCCCAACGUCCUCCGUACCUUCGACAACUCUAAGGUCUACAUCGUGGGCUCCAUGGUGGACCGCUCCAUCCAAUCAGGGCUCUCCUUGGCCAACGCCAAGCGUCUGAAGCUGAAUACGGCCCGUCUGCCGCUUGAUGACUUCCUCCAAUGGGAGACGGGGGCCAAGAACCUGACCCUGGAUCAGAUGAUACGCAUCUUGCUGACACUGAAGGAGAGUGGGAGGUGGGAGGAGGCGCUGGAGCACGUACCCAAGAGGAAACAUGAUGGAUUCUACCAGGACAGAGACUCAGAUAAGGACAGGAGGUUUAGUGGCAGAACCAGAGGAGACACAGGGUUCAGGGCUGGGGACAGAGACUGUGAUAGAACAUUCAGAAGUGGGGACAGAGAGAGGUCAUUUAGUAGAAGAGACAGUGUAUUGAAGAGAGGAGACAGUGACAGAGCAAUCAGGACUGGAGACAGAGGAGACAGUGACAGAGCAAUCAGGACUGGAGACAGUGACAGAGCAAUCAGGACUGGAGACAGAGGAGACAGUGACAGAGCAAUCAGGACUGGAUACAGAGGAGACAGUGACAGAGCAGUCAGGACUGGAGACAGUGACAGAGCAAUCAGGACUGGAGACAGUGACAGAGCAAUCAGGACUGGAGACAGUGACAGAGCAGUCAGGACUGGAGACAGAGUAGACAGUGACAGAGCAAUCAGGACUGGAGACAGAGGAGACAGUGACAGAGCAAUCAGGACCGGAGACAGAGAUGGUAUGGAGGAGUGGAGACAGAAACAGAUGAAUGGUGUGGUCAGAGAGAGAGGAUCCACUAGCAGACAUAAAGACAGUGUAUUCAGUAGCAGAGACACAGUAGCAGUCAGUAAGGAAGCAGCAGGGGAUGCAGAGAACAGACAGAACACACAGACCACCACCAGGGUACGGACAUCACUAAAAACCAAGAUGGAGGAUCGGAACAGUACAGCCAAGAGCGGGAAGAAAUUGCAGGAGGAAGAGUAGCCUUAUUGGGCCAAAUAUUCUGAGACAUUUCUCCUUUGAAUGUUCUUCAGUUUCACCCUGUUGUGUUAAUGGAUUCAGAGCACUUCUAAAUGCCUUGAACACCUGACAGGUGUGGCAUAUCAAGACGCUGAUUAAAACAGCAUGAUCAUUACACAGGUGCACCUUGUGCUGGGGGACUAUAAAAGGCCAGUUCGGCAACAGCUUCAGGUGGACCAUGAACAGAAACAUUUUUUGAUAAGCAACUCAGUGAGACUGUUGAUUGUUUGGAAUCGUUGGCGUAUUUGCUACUUCGUGUCAAUGAGGGAAAACAUAUAUAAAAUAUAUAGUGAAGUGUUUGUCCCAUGUUUGACGAGCUGAAAUAAAAGAUCCAGAACAUUUUCCACAUGUA